CUCGAUCUUUUUAACAGUAUCGUAGUCGAAUGACUAAAGGACUCUGCACGUCUGGGCGCCGAUGCCGUAAUCAAGAUCCGGCCGUGAGGAAGGAAGCGGAAGCGCAUCCAUCCAGCGCGGGGUGCAUUGGCCGUAGCACCGCGGCGGUGACGUGAGCGGCGGCGGCGGUGGAGCUUCAGAAACCGGAGCCGCGUUAGGACGGCUCUAUAUAUAGCGCGGGAGGGGGGGUGGGGGGGAGCGCUCGCCGGCCGCCACUCUCCCGUCCGGUGUCAGAGCCGCCUCGGUCGCCGCGGACUCCACAUUCCAACGUCGCUGUGCUGCCGCUCGAGGAACCAGUGACCGAGUGACCGUCUUCAACCCGUGCGACAAUAACAAACUACCAACAUGUCUGACGAGGAAGAAUAUUCUGGCUCCGAGGAGGAGGAAGUCGAAGAAGAAGUCCAGGAGACGGGUGAGGGAGAUCCAGAAUUUAUCAAGCGUCAAGACCAGAAGCGGUCGGACUUGGAUGAACAGCUGAAGGAAUACAUCAACGAAUGGCGCAAACAACGGGCCAAGGAGGAGGAGGAACUCAAACGCCUCAAAGAGAAGCAGGCCAAGCGCAAGGUGUCUCGCGCAGAAGAAGAGAAACGCCUCGCCCAGAAGAAGAAGGAAGAGGAGGAGAGGCGAGUCCGUGAAGUUGAAGAGAAGAAACAACGUGACAUCGAGGAGAAGAGACAGCGGCUCGAGGAGGCCGAGAAGAAACGCCAGGCUAUGCUCCAGGCUAUGAAAGAAUCCAGCAAGACCGGACCUAACUUCACCAUACAGAAGAAGAGUGACAACUUUGGCCUCAGUAACGCUCAACUGGAACGCAACAAGACCAAGGAACAGUUGGAAGAAGAAAAGAAAAUCUCCCUCUCCAUCCGUAUCAAGCCCUUGAACAUCGAAAACCUCUCCGUCGACAAGCUCAGGAUAAAGGCCCAAGAACUCUGGGAAUGCAUCGUCAAACUAGAGACCGAGAAAUACGAUCUCGAGGAAAGACAAAAGAGGCAGGACUAUGACUUAAAAGAACUCAAAGAAAGACAGAAACAACAGCUGAGACACAAGGCCCUCAAAAAGGGUCUCGACCCCGAAGCCCUUACAGGCAAGCACCCCCCCAAAAUCCAGGUCGCGUCCAAAUAUGAGCGACGUGUGGACACGCGGUCCUAUGACGACAAGAAAAAACUCUUCGAGGGUGACCUAGAGAAAUUGAACAAGGACUUCCUCGAGAAGGUGUGGCAAGAGAGGGCCGACCAGUUCGGCGGCAGACAAAAGGCGCGACUGCCCAAAUGGUUCGGCGAGAGGCCGGGCAAGAAGAAGGGAGAACCAGAGUCGCCCGAGGGUGAGGAGGAACUGAAGGCCGAGCCCGAGGAGGAAGAACCCGUCUACGAACCUGAGCCCGAGGAGGAGGAGGAGGAGGUCGUCGAGGAAGAGGAGGAAGAGGAAGAGGAGGAGGAAGAGGAGGAGGAGGAGGAAGAGGAGGAGGAAUAAGUAAGUGUAAGAUAUAAGGUAUCACUGAAACAGGGAAGCUAGAGAGCCGACACGGACCAGAUGCGUCGGGUUAUCCCGUUUUGUAACCAAUCCAUUAACUUAUUACUAUUAUAAAUUAUUUUUAUUAUUUAUACUGUUGAAUCGCUCGUUACGGAACAUGGACUUUGCACUCGCAUACGCGUCACGUACACCUGUGGCCACACAAUAAACUAAUUUAUUUCAUAAGAG